GAGCCUAAAUUCCCACCGACCCAGUUGGCGGUUUGUGAGUCUGAACGGUCACUCUCACGGACUACAACGGCGUUAUGAGAAAGUGAUAAAAAGGGAUACUCUCACGCAACGCUUUUUAUUCCGCUGUCUAACACGGACCCUUACUUUUCACACGAUUCUUUUCUUCCCUAACAUUAAUUAAGCACACCAAUAGCACUAUUUCCGCGCAAUGUUUUCUCUUUGAAUAUAUAAUCAGAUCAGCAGCUCUUCGAUACCAAUUUUUUCAUCCUUCAAUUUCAAUGGAUUCCGUUCUCAAUUUCAGUUCAUUUUCUCCGAUUUGCGUUCUUAAUUAUCGCCUUUCUCCGGCCACGUUCUCUUGCCCAGCUCGUCCUUGUACCGGAGAUCCCGCCGUUGCUAAAUCUCGACGGCGGCAACUUUCUCGAUCUCUACGGGCGGCGUCUUUUCCUUCAAACUCUGCUAACGGUGCUGCUGCUGAUACUGCAAAUUCUCAGACUCCAAGAGAUGGAAAUUACUCAGUUGGUGACUUUAUGACUAGGAAAGAAGAUUUACAUGUAGUAAAAACUACAACUAAAGUUGGCGAAGCCCUUGAGAUGCUUGUGGAAAAAAGAGUUACUGGGCUUCCGGUAGUUGAUGAUGACUGGAAUUUGGUUGGCGUUGUUUCUGAUUAUGACCUACUGGCACUCGACUCUAUAUCAGGAGCUGGCCAAGCUGACACAAAUCUGUUUCCUGAUGUUGACAGUACUUGGAAGACAUUCAAUGAGGUUCAAAAGCUACUGAGCAAAACUAAUGGAAAAGUUGUUGGUGAUGUCAUGACACCAACUCCAUUGUCCAUCCGCGAAGACACCAACCUUGAAGAUGCUGCGAGGUUGUUGCUCCAAACGAAGUAUCGUCGACUGCCUGUUGUAGAUGGUGAUGGCAAACUGGUUGGGAUUAUCACAAGGGGCAAUGUUGUCAGAGCCGCUCUGCAAAUAAAACGCACUAUUGAGAAUAUCCAAUGACACCUGGGUUCCAGUGCUAAAGUUUUUUGUCCAUGUCAAGCCAUCAUGCUACUGUAUAAUAAUAUAUGUAGUCUUCCAUUCUUUCGUCCGUGACUUCCUACCGUACCAAGUGUGGCAUCAUUGGGAAAGGGGGGAAACAGAGGACUAUUUUGCCCAACUCCCUGCUGGUAAGUAUAUACAUGAUGCUCGUGAGCUCGAAUCCAAGAAGAUGGUACAAAGUCUGAAUUCCGUGUGUAGCAAACUAACAUUUGUUAUAAGGCGGGGCUCCUAUGUGAAUGGUACCCUGAUGCCCGACAGUACCAUUUCUUAGUUCUCAAACUUCUUGUAGUAUAACUUUAGCCAUAUUCUACGUAAUGCAAUACAAUUUGUAAGGGAACACAAGAAUUUGACAACCCGACACUCCAUAAAAUUGAAUUUUAUAGUUUAA